AUGGAUGAGAUUAUGGAAGAUGGAAACCUGGUGGACAGAGUUAGAAUUUUAUUGCAGAGGGACAUGCAAUAUUAUCAGGCGAAGCAAACAGUUCUCCGAGAAUCACUGUGUGGAAGGGUGAGCGGUGGAAAACUGGAUUUUCCACGUCACGCAUCAUUUGCCGCGAUAAAAAUCGUUAAAUGGUGGGAGGCGGAAUUUUUUAUUGCAUUCAGAUAUCCCUCGGGACUUUGCGUGUCUACGGAGCCAAUGGCGACGAGUGUCGAGGGCGAAGAGGUCAUUAAAAAAACACCACCCUCUGAAUUUAUCCUCCUGGUGGUCGAUACGUCGCAAUUAUUCAUCGAACAUUUACAUGCGCUGAUUCAAGAAUCCCUCGACCACGCUGACCUCGCGGUGCUAACUGCGACUCUCGGUGCAGCUGCGCUCGUGAGAAACUGCCUCUGGUGUUACAAUCAACAGUCGAAAGCCAAAAUCCCGAAGCAAUCAAGUGAAAAGCUCUAUGAAUUUUACAAAUCAUACCAGGAAAUGGCAGAGGCAGUGGGUGAACGCCUCCUCGAUCUUCACUGUCGUUUAAUAUCUCUCUAUAUCCUGAAUGAAGCCGACUCGCUCAGCUGGCAGAGUGAGAAAUACUUCUUCGAGAAAGAGAGAUCCUCCUUCAUUAUUCAGAUGUGGUGGCUAUAUAUGCAGGGAACAAAGGCAGACCUCUGGAGCACGGUCUCACCGAAAAUGGCACAAAGAAUUUUCGCCGGAAUGCUCAACGAGUCACUUACGAUUAUCGUCGCCCGAUUUAUUCACGGCCGACCAAGUCUCCAGAGAUCCGAGCAAUUCUGGGCGGACGCUUUCAACGUUUUGAGUUGCACUUCGUAUCUCGCAUUGUCAGCGUGCGAUGACGGGGACGAACUCAUCGCCACACGUACUAAUAAAUUAUCAAUCGUGAUGAGAGAUAUACACGCCAAAUGCGGGGAACUUCUCGUUUGUCUUCUUCUACGGGGGACGCCACUUAAGCUACUUUAUCAAAUCUGCAGAAAUGGAUUAGAGAAGAUUGCAAUGGUGGAGAAGCGCAGCGGACCCUCUCCCUGGUUGCUCAUCGCAGCUCCAAAACUCUUCGGAAAUUCCACCUUCAAAGACGGAGUUUGUCAAUUGUCUGAGGAUCAAAAACUCAUUCUGCAAGUCAACGUUCUGAGGUCACAGCCCCAGCCCAAUUGGACUCAACUCCUCAAAGUUUUAUCCAUGAGAAAUUGCACAGUAGCAAGAAUGCUAUUAACAACAUUAAUUCGUCAAUGCAUCGAUAUGAGGGAAACCGACGACCUAAAGAGGAAAGCCCCGAAGGGCAGUUCAUCGGAGUGUGGCGGAUUUCUCUGCGCCGGUGACCACAAAAAUACCUCGAAUUUCCCAGCAACAAUGUGCCUGUACAGUCUCAUGUACGUGUCAGUUAACACUCCGAUGGAUCCAAUCGAUGUAAUAAUACCCGGCCUGAAGCAGGACGUCAACUGGUCCAAUUAUCUCGACCGACAACAGGUCUGGAAUCAAUCGAGACCCCCGUGGCUUAAUGCGUUGCUUGCACCGCUCAGGGAAAUGAUGGAGCCAGUUGUGGAAACUCUUUUGGAGGCUGUCAAGACUGGAGCGAGUAUCUAUCAGGCAAUGUCGCUAUCCCUCGCCUGCAUAACGGAACUCUUCGUGUGUGCCCCGAUCGGUAUCUUGAGAGCAGGGAAUGCCAUGAACCAGAGUAUUCCAGCGCACUGUCACCCUAUAGGAGGCUCUGUGCUGGUACAAAUAUUCUGCGCUGCAUUGUACUCAUCCCUCUUUCAAGUCUCUCUCCGGGGCCCCGAACCACCGGACAAAACCGAUAUUCAGGAGACGCCCCGGAGUGUUUCGGAAUCAUUCUCGUUUGACCCGUGCGACAGGUGUGCGUCAGCCACUGCUCUGGCUGAGGCACUCUGCAGUAUUGAUGAGGACAACAAACAUACCGAUCAGAUUCAGGCGCUUUUGGGACUCAUUCAUAAAUGGAUUGAAAAGGAAGAUCCGAGUCCUAGAUUGAAAAAAUUAGACACUGUAUUUUCGUGGAAGGAAACUUAUGUCGAUCAGUUGUUGUUUACUGAGAUCGGACGUCGAUCUUUAAAGGUGGUGCAUGAAUACCUGUUGAGAGCCUCAGAUUGGGUACUAAAAAACUUGAAGGAGGGAAAAGAAGCAUUCGACGAUUUUACGGACUCGAGUGACGUAUUCAAUCCUUCCAAACCCCUUACUUACGUCAUGUUCCAUAUCGACGAUACAGCGUUCGAUCAGUUCCUGACGAAUUUCAAUGAAACCAAUUGGAACGCGAUCUUGAAAAUGCCACUGUCAGUGACACUAGAACGAGUGAGGAGUCAAAUUAUCAUCAGACCCGAGCUGAAAAAUCCAGAAAACUUGUCCCACGCGGAAAGGGAAGUGGCGUUGGCUGUUAAAAACCUCUGCAUCAGUGCAAAAUCACCGAGAGCAGUUGAAUAAAUCCGCCAAUAAAUAAAUUAUGAAUACAAUUACUUUUGGCACAUUCAUUGA